AUGUCACGCACCCCUCGGCCCGAGAAUUGGGCGUGGGCAACUUCAUCGGCGCAAGAGCAGCAUGGGCAGACCGACUCACAGAUAGCCUCCUCAGGCCAGAUCACAUACACGACACUCGUUACUGGCGGGUUGCUCGACUUCGGCCUCAAGAUCGGAAUGUUGGGCUUUGACCUUACGAAUCAAACGGCCCGGCUCUAUGACCAUGGCCGGAACAUCGUUACAGCAUGCACAGUUCCCUUCGUUGCCGAUGCCGUGGUCGUAGCCCUGCAGAUGCCGUACGAACAGGUCAAGAACAAGCGGAUAAGCGGUGCAGAGGUCGCAUACACUGGCAAAGAUCUUCUCCGCACCCUCGAGGUGGUGACUGGCGAGCAGUGGCGGGUUGAAGAGGUCAGCACCGAAAGUGCGAGACAAAAGGGAAAGGAGCUUCUGGUCGAAGGAAAUGCAAGAGGUGCAUACUUGAACUUCGCAACCGCCCUCAACUUUGAUGGGUGCGGAGCAGCGAAUUUGACCUCCGGCCUAGAAUUCGGCAGUGGUUACAACCUUCAACGGCGAAGCCUCGACGAGAUUGUUCGAGAAGCCGUGAGAUCGAUACAAGACUGGAAGAAGUGA